AUGUCUUGGAAAAAGGAUAAAGAUUGUUGCUCUUGGGAUGGGGUCACAUGUGAUUCAGUGACUGGUUAUGUGAUUGGUCUUGACCUUAGUUGUAGUUGGCUUUAUGGAAAUAUCCCUUCAAACACUAGUUUCUUUCUUCUUCCUCAAUUGAAAAAGCUCAAUCUAGCUUUCAAUGAUUUUAAACUCUCUAAAAUUUCCCCUGAUUUUGGUCGAAUAACCAGUUUGACACACCUGAAUCUCUCAUUUUCAAACUUUAGUGGUCACAUUCCAUUUGAAAUCUCACAUUUGUCUAAAUUGGUUACACUAGACUUGUCCUCAAACUAUUUUGAGAUUGAUAGUUUUUCUGUGAGAAUUGAAAGACCAGUUUUUGAAAGGCUAGUUCAGAAUUUGACGAUGUUAAAAGACCUUGUUCUUCAUCAUGUGGACAUGUCCUCCAUUGUGCCUAGUUCGAUGAAGAAUCUAUCUUCCUCUCUAACUUAUCUAAGUCUAUGGUAUUGUAAAUUGCAAGGGAACUUUCCAGUUGAUGUCUUUCGCCUACCAAAUUUGCAGAUCCUUCAGUUAAGAGUUAACUUCAACUUGACAAGUCAUUUUCCCAAAAGUAAUUGGAGUACACCACUCAAGUCUUUGGAUGUCUCCGACAUGAGCAUGUCCGAACAGUUACCAAACUCAAUCAACAAUCUCUUGUACUUAAAGGAGUUGUUUCUUGAUAAUUGCACUCUAGGGGGAUCAGUUCCUACAAUACUUAGAAACCUUACACAACUUACAUCUUUGAGUCUCUCAUAUAACGAAUUCAAUGGUCAAAUACCAUCAUUUCUUUCAAAUCUUGCCAAUCUUCAGGAUUUAUGUCUUUCGAACAACAAUUUUAUUGGUCAAUUUCCUGAAUUUUUUUUCAACUUAACACAACUUCAAUCUUUAUCCUUGUCACGUAAUCAACUCACUGGCCCAAUACCAUCAUUUCUUUUAAAUCUUGUCAAUCUUCAGCAGUUAUAUCUUCGGAACAAUAGUUUUAUUGGUCAACUUCCUGAAUUUUUUUCCAACUUAACACAAUUUCAGUAUUUAGACUUGUCAAUUAAUCAAUUAACUGGUCCAAUUCCAAGUUCACUCUUUCAACUUGUGAGUCUAAAAGGCCUUGAUCUUUCUUCUAAUAGUUUAAGUGGUAUUAUAGAGUUUCACAUGUUUUCAAAGCUCAAAAACCUUUGGUACCUUUCUCUUUCUCAUAACAAUUUGUUUGUGACCACUACCGGAUUCAAUGUCAACUCAUCAUUCCUCAACUUGAAUCUUUGUAUUUAUCUGCUUGCAACAUUAGUAAAUUCCCAGGUUUCUUAA